AUGGCGCGUACAGGGUGCAUCUUCAUGGAGAUGACGGACGCCCCCGGUCGGUUGGAAGCCACGUACUUUGUGCAGAUGGACUUUCACGGAUCCGCGCCCAAGGCGAUGUACGUUCACGGCAUGCGGCGGCACAUCCGAGCGAUCCUCCCCACGGUCGAGUCGUUCAUCCUUAUUGCGCUGCUCCGCGACGCGGCCUUCUUCGCCAAGCUGGUGCCAACGUCCGCUCGACGCGCUUGCCAUGUGUGUGACUUGAUGUUUGGCGCGUUUCAUCGUCGGCGCCGAUGCCGCAAGUGCGGCGACGUCGUGUGCACUUCAUGCAGCAGCCACGUCACGUUCGAUCAGCAUCUGGACAGUCUCAAGCUGCGCAUUUGCACCGCGUGUGUCAUGCACGUGCUACUCCCGGACGAGUUUCCAAACCCGACGAGGUCUUCAUCCCAGCUCCGCCUUCACCAUGACAGCAACGAUGAUGAUGAAGUUGUGACGGUGGGUCGCAACUGUUCUACUGGUCAAAGCCAAAGUCAUCGUCGCUCUCACUCCAGCCAGAUUGAAAAUAAACAAAAAGAGACUAAAGAACGACGGCGCAGCAAAUACUAG